AAAAGUCCGCAAACAACCGUCUCGCUGUUCUAAGCCUCCGGGCUGAUAGUCCGACAUUGACGGUAGUUGCCCUUGUGAGCACGUGGCCAGUGACGUCACCGGCAGGUAGUAUAAAGCACUCGCUAGUCCAGUUCUCGCCUCCUUCUUGCCCCCGAGCCAGGUGGCGCUGUGGUCAAGCACUCACUUUUUAAAAAAAACUCUGACUAUCGCGUCACAGGCUGACACGUCGACUGAGAGUGCAGGAACUUCUCUCUGGAGGUGACGACAGGUGGCGCCGUGGUCACGUGUCUCUUGAUGUGACGCGUCUUCACAAGGCUGGACAUCAAGGGUUAUCUCACCCUGCUACCUCUGUUUUCUUCCCCUGCAUCAUCCCCCUGCCCAUAGUGCGAGGUCGCCAGCAGGUGAAGCAAGUAACAAGUAACAAGUGAGCCGCCAUGUCCCGACUUUACGUCGUCUUGCUGGCCUUGACCACCACAAAGGUCAAGGUGAGUCUCUCUGAACUCUUGUGGUCUGACAUGACAAGGGAGGCAACCGCUGUGAUGAGAGUAGACAUGGGCGACAUGGUGUACAGCGAGCACGAGAUGUGGCGAACCGUCUGUAAGUCGCUCGUGCAGUGCGCGCAGCAGUGCUUCUCCACCCCGGGCUGCAGCGCCUUCACCGUCACCCACGUGACCUCAUCUCUGAUGACGUGUCGCGGCUAUUCAAUGACCUUAGACAAACUGCAGAGUGGCGUCCCUUCACCUGGCACACGAGCCUACGACAUUCAAGAGCUGAGUUGGCUGGACAAGGAGUGCACCACUGACUGGGAAUGCUCAAACCCAAAGUCCGUCUGCUUGGCUGGCCGCUGUCUGUGUAGCCCCGGCUACUUCUACUCGCACUCUGCACGUGACUGCUGGAGGCACUGCCCGGAGGAGGACAUAAGUUUGAAGAUAGUGGCCUACCCGGGGUGGUACGCAGGCAACAUGAAGCUAAAUACGUCACUCAACAUGGCCGCAACGUCAUGCGUGCAGUGGUGCCGUGACGUAACUGCCUGUCGCGGCUGUCUGUACGACGUCACAACCAACAGCUGUUUCCUUGGUGACGUCACAGCCAGUGUAGAUGGCGUGAGCGAGUCCACUUCCCGUUAUGGCUUCAACUAUUACCAGAAGACAUGCGCGUGACACUCAACACUCGGAAAUGUUUGCCUCGUUUCCACAUCGAGAUGUCAAGAACAAGCACUCAAGUAACCACCUGGCUUUAACACUACGUGAUUACAGUCACCUGGCUUUAACACUACGUGAUUACAGUCACCUGGCUUUAACACUACGUGAUUACAGUCACCUGGCUUUAAACACUCUACGUGAUUACAGUCACCUGGCUUCAAACUCCAGAAGUAAAGAAAAUAAUAAAGAAAUAAAGCAACG